UACUUUUAUUUUUUUACCUUAGGGUAAAAACUUGUGUGUUAAAGGCACAUUUUAGGUUUACCUCUCUCCAUGAAUUCAGAAUGGACUAAUUAAUUUCAGUGUUAGAAAUGCAGCCUGCUACAUGCCUAUAUUUUGUGCAGUAUACACAAAGCUGAGAGAAUGUAAGUGGUUAAUCUGGGAGAUUUGUAGGAUGAGAAAGAGCAAGUAGACACGGCCCUUGUGUCUCUUGCUAUGGUCAGUAACAGGCUGACCUAUCUUUCAUAGGGCCUGGCUUUCAAUUUCUGAUUCAGGUUCACAAUAUACACUUGUUGAAUGAUUGUAGUCUAAAUUGGUUCAUAUCUUCACAAAAUUACGGGUUACUCUAAAUCUACUGCCUCCAAUAUAAGUCAAAUGCCUUCUUAGUAUUUAAUCCUCAGUCAAAAUUGUAAUUUGAUUUUCAUGGACUAUGUCCGAAGGACAUACACACAAAUAAAUGCAGUUAUAGUGAUUGUCUCUAAGAGACUUGAGGAGGAGGAAUUUUUUUAUAUGGUACUUAAAAAAAAAUGUGCAUGUGGGGUGCCUGGGUGGCUCAGUUGGUUGGGCAUUCGACUUUGGCUCAGGUCAUGAUCUCACAUCUGGUGGGUUCGAGUCCCCAUCUGGCUCUGUGCUGACAGCUCGGAGCCUGGAGCUUGCUUCGAAUUCUGUCUCCCUCUCUCUGUGCUCCUCCCCUGCUUGCACUCUGUCUCUCUCUCAAAAAUAAAUAAACAUUUAAAAAAUAAUUAAAAAAAAUUAAAAAAUGAGUAUGUCUUAAUUUUAUGAUAAACUAAAAUAAUAUACCUAAAAACAUAAAUGAUAUACAUUUUAGCUUAGGGGCUUUUCUCUGUUUUAGAACAUAUUAGUAUCUAAACACUAUAUAAGAAACAUAUAUAAGAAACUUAAGUAGCAGAAGUAGUGUCAUUUCUUGGCCUUUCCUUGAUACAUUCACUGUAUGAGACAACUUGUUACCAGUCUUACUUUUCUUUAUUCAUCCGGACACAGAAAUUAUCUCUAGGAAAGAAAGAGACACAGACCUAUGGCAUGCCACCAAGCCUCUUAGAAAAGAUGCAGGCUUAUCAUGGAAAAAUAAUUACCAAAGAAUAACACUCAUGUGAGGAACUUCAACAGACUGCUCUUAAAAACACUAUGGCUUUUUAUUAAACUACUCAAAGGAUUUGUAAGAGGUUUCUGACCACUCAGAAAACAUUCUCUCCCUCUCUUUCACACACAUAAAGCACAAGAUUAUCAAGAAUUUGAAAAGGAAUAAAUGGUUAAAAUAGUUGCAAAAUGUAUUCCUCACUAUCCUUAUCACAACUCUCCUAUCGGCUUCCCCCCGCCCCACAUUACUUUCCUCCUUAUGCUUUUCAAUACUCCAUUUUCCAUUAAAGUCUGAAUUUUCUGGGAAUGGUAAUAUUCACCAAAGUCGAUAUAGUCCUACAAAAGGGAUAAGUGGGCGAUCUCUCUGCGAACGUGUUUCAAAAACAAACACUGGGCACCCCGUCAAACGGCAGCUUGGAGGGUUUAAGGAAACCACAGAGCUGGGUGAGGAAGUCUUCGCGGGAGUGGGAAGCGGUCCUUCUACUCAGCUGUCUUACGGCUCCCCAAGCCUCAAGCUGUAGUCAGCUUUGGCUCUUGUUCCCGGUCUUUCCAACCUGGCUCCUGACCCUGCCAGCUCAUACUGGGGUGUGGGCCUGCGGGUGCUGCACCGGGGUGACAACAGGGGUGACAACACUCUAGAUGGGCCGAGCAAUUUUGUAGUGGAUCCAAACCGGUACACUGAUAAAUAAAGUCUUCCCGAGUAAACCGAUUCCCUCUAGGGCUCGGAUUCUUUUUUUCUUUCUUUCGGGUUUUUUUUUUUUUUUUUUUUUUUUUUUUUGGUGCAGUGUCUGGGUGGCUCUGACACCUUAAGGCCGCUCAUCUGCUCCUCCUCCCCCCACGAGGAUCCUACUCCUGGAUCCAAGUACGCCUUCUCCCGGAGCUCGCGCACCCCUUGCAUUUCCUCCCUCUCACUGUACCCUUGCAUUUCCUCCUCCUCCCGAUCCAGCCUCCCCCCAACCUGCCCGCCUCCAGCCACAUGACAGGAAGGGCUCCGCCACGCGACGUCACCGACGUCCGCGCCCCCGUCCUCCCCCCCCCCGCACCGCACGCAAAGAGCGGCGGGCGGAGGGGAGUACGUGGUCGCACGCUCCGCGCUCCCCAACCAGAGCUCGCCAGAGCACCCCGGCGGCCACCGCCGAGCCGGCUCGCGGGUUCCCGGAUGUGCGCCGCUCGCGGAAGCCCCGCCCCCGCCGCCGGCUCCGCGCGCGCCCCCGCCCUCCGCCCCGCUGCGCUCCGCUUUCCCCUCCCUCUCCGCCCUCCCCCUUUUUCGUGCCUUGAGGUUGCGGGUCAGCGCGAGCCACUGCAGUGAGUCCGUCACGGCUCCCGCGCGAGUUUAGGUUGCAGCCCUCGAGCCGCCUGGCCCCCUCUCCCCCUUCUUCCCCUCCUCUCUGCUUCUCUGUCUCUCCCCUUUUUCGCCAUCUCUCCUCCCCGCUCUCUCCGUCUCUGAAUCUCGACCUUAAUUUCUUUUCUUCCCCGCCCGCUCCCGCGUGCCCAGUCACCCGGCCGGCGCGGGCCCCGCGGCGCCGCCUCCCCUCCCCUCGGGCGUCCCGAGGGCCGCAGCCGCCCCAGCCCAGCUGGGCCGCCGCCGCUUCCUGCGGGAGCCCUUCUGAACGCCGACACUCUUCUCCCCCCGCGCCAGCCGCCGACUGCCCAGCAAAAUGGGAAAUGAGGCAAGUUAUCCUUUGGAAAUGUGCUCACACUUUGAUGCUGAUGAAAUUAAAAGGCUAGGAAAGAGAUUUAAGAAGCUCGAUUUGGACAAUUCUGGUUCUUUGAGUGUGGAAGAGUUCAUGUCUCUGCCUGAGUUACAACAGAAUCCUUUAGUACAGCGAGUAAUAGAUAUAUUUGACACAGAUGGGAAUGGAGAAGUAGACUUUAAAGAAUUCAUUGAGGGAGUCUCUCAGUUCAGUGUCAAAGGAGAUAAGGAACAGAAGUUGAGGUUUGCUUUCCGUAUCUAUGACAUGGAUAAAGAUGGCUAUAUUUCCAACGGGGAACUCUUCCAGGUGCUGAAGAUGAUGGUGGGGAACAAUCUGAAAGAUACACAGUUACAGCAAAUUGUAGACAAAACCAUAAUAAAUGCAGAUAAGGAUGGAGAUGGAAGAAUAUCCUUUGAAGAAUUCUGUGCUGUGAGUACAAAAGAGCUGGUUCUUCAAAAGUUAGGUUUUAAAAGCAUUUAUAAAACUACUUAAUAGAGAGUUCCUUAUACUUAUUUGCCCUAGAAAUUUAUAUACAGUAUUUGAUUUUACCUAAUUGCCCAUAUUCAAAGUUUUGAAAUAUUCCUUAUGGUAACUGUUAAUAACUAACCAUUAUUAUUCUCAAGAAUUCCUGUUCCCAGUGAUUAUCUGGUAAUACACCCUAAUGCUAGUACCAUUUUACUUAUACUAAUAACUUAUUGUUGGUAGUCCCCCACAUUACAAACAGGGCAUAUUCUUAAGGUUCAUUUAAAAAUAAAUAUGUUUGAAAACACUUGUGGAGGGUAGGUGUUGAUGCGGUUUCAGCUAGGAAUCCAGAAGUUUGGCUUCAUGAGGACAACAGAAGUGGAGUGCCUAUGCAUGUUAGACUCAUCAGCUAGGCAGUGUAAAUGGUGAUUCCUCCCCUGUCCCCUCUCCCAAGCUACUGAUGGAUUUGCCACCACUCAGUGCUUCCAAACAGGAACACAGCCGCUCAGCUUCUUUCUCUACUUUGCCAAAGCAAAGAUACUAGCCUUUUGAUACAUAUAAUAAGGAGUUUUAACUGCAAGCUAGAAAGACCAGAGAAUCCAGAGGAGAGGCGAAGAUAAGAAAGAAAAAAGUUUUAAAGUUUUUCAGUUACGAUUGGAUGCUACUGUGGCAAGAUUUCCUUCCUCCCUUUUCAUUUUUUAUUUAGACCAUACAAGGAAAAACUAAUGACUGCUUGUGUGUUAUGUAAGGACUAAAGUUGUUACUGUGGCAUUGAAGUAGAAGUUCACAUUAUCCUUUAAGUAGCUUCCUUGCUCUCAAGGGAAUACUGUGUGUUUCAAAAAGUAGGGUGAUGCUCUAAAAUUGAAAGAACAGACUGGGUCUUUUUGGAAGAGGGUUAGGCUUGAGAUUGGAGACUUUGUUGCCUGGUAGUACUGCCGGGAGGGUUUAUGUUGCUCCUCUGUUUCUUCUUUACCAAAGAUCACGGAAAGACUGGUGUGGAGUGUGGUCAGAUUGUGCCGUGGGACCAGGCUGGUCAUGUCAGCAUAGGUAGCCAGUUUUCAAAAGAAGGAAAGAAAAGAAAUUCAGGGGUGCCUGGGUGGCUCAGUCAGUUGAGCAUCUGACUCCUGAUUUCAGCUCAUGUCAUGAUCUCACAGUUCAUGAGAUGGAGCCCUGCGCUGGGUUCUGCGUGGCUCCAGCAGUGCAGAGUCUGCUUGGGAUUCUUUCUCCCUCUCUCUCUGCCCCUCCUCUGUUCACACCUGCACUCUUUCAAAAUAAAUAUUAAAAAAAAAAAAAAAAAAAUCCUGAGCAUUGAGGGAACAAAGCAAAAAUGGAAAACUCUUUCCUACAGUGAUGUGAGAUGUAUAUAGAUGAAGAUUCCAUUUAGUAAAUAUAAAAAUGUAAGUUAAAAUUACACAUAAAUUGUCAUUGGAAGAAAAUUAAAAUGUGUAUGAUGCUGUUUACGCUGAAGACAUAAGCUGUGCUUUGAGUUUAUUUCCAGUAUUUGAUAAAUUGCUUUUGUAUUUUUGAGGAGUGUAGUUUGGGGAUGGAGAAAAACUUUUGUGCUUUAAACCCAACUUCUCUGAACAUUGAUCGAGUCCAUAACUUUGGCUUCAUUGAGUCCUUUUUAUUCUGAUUUCUCAAGCUAUAGCAGUAAAGAGAUGGGAAGUUACUUUAAAAGAUCACAUGCUUGUCUCCCUCCUUUAAAAAUUUCAGAAUACUUAAACAUACAAAGAAAAUAGAAACAAUUGAUGACAGUGUUAAAGUUGGCAGGUUGAACUGAAUGCUUGUACAGCUGACCCUUGAAAAACAUGGGUUUGAACUGCACAUGUCCACUUAUAUGCUAUUUUUUCUUUUCAGUGAAGUACUGCACAUGUUUUUUUGUGUUAAUGUUUUAUUUUUUUUCUAGCUUUAUUGUAAGAAUGUAGUAUGUAAUGCAUACACAAAAUAGUGUUAAUUGUUAUUCAUGAGGCUUCUGGUUAACAGUGGGCUAUUGGUUAAAUUUUGGGAGAGCCAAAAGUUCUAUGUGACUUUUUUACUGCAUAGCGGGGUUGAUAUCUCCAACCCCUGUUGUUGUUCAAGAGUCAGAUUAUUUAUUUUUGCUUUCCUCUCCAAACUCCAUUGAAAUUAAACGGAUUAAAAAGUAAAGGUUUUGAACCCACAGGACAAAGAGAAUAGUAGGGAGGAUAGCAACUAGACAAUUUAAAACUCUGUAAACUGACUUAAUAGAAAAAAUGAAUUCUGAGCUAUCAGCUUGUAAAGCUGAGCGGCAACUUGGUAUAUAAUGCAGAAUCCCUGAAAGGCUCAGAAAUUGGUAGCAUAAGAUAAGUGAAAGUGGAGGGGUGGCUCAGUUGGUUGGGCCUCUGACUUCGGCUCAGGUCAUGAUCUCAUGGGUUGUGAGUUUGAGCCCUGCAUCGGGCUUUGCUGACAGUUUAGAGCCUGGAGCCUGAUUCUGAUUCUGUGUCUCAUUCUUUCUCUGCCCCUCCCCCACCUGUGCUGUCUCUCAAAAAUAAAUAAAUGUAAAAAAAAAUUAAGUGAAAAUGGGGAUAAAGGCAAGACUAAAAACAGUUGCUUGAAGUCUGUUUAAAAAGCAUUCAGAACACUAGAUCUCCCUACUCUGUUCAGACUCCUCCACUGUAGUGGGAGAUUGGAGAGGGUGAAGUAAUGAGUCUGGAAAACAUGAGGAAUAGAUUGUGUGUGUGUUGGGGGUGGGGGGUGGGGCGCGUGGUGGUGAGUAUCCAAGAGAAGGCAAUGCAGGAAUGUUAUUUGCAGACCUGUAGGGAAAUACUGAAUAUUACCUGAAAAUCCUAAAUGAUUAUCUCUGUGUAAAAGAAAAUAGAGAACGAAGGCAGGGUAGCAAACUGCUGUUUUCAUAGAAGUUGUAGAGCUAAUUGGCUAUUCAAGCUUUAUUUUUGAAAUAAAAAUUUUAGGUUAAAUUCAAAAAUAAUACAGAUGCAGUUAUACACAACAACAUGGAUUAAUCUCAAAAACCUGUCGGGUGAAACAAGCCAGAUAUGAAAGAAAUUUCAUUUUAAAAUGUACAAAAACAAACCAAACUAAUCCAUGUUGUUAAA